AUGUCCGCUUCCUCCAAGAAGAACUGUGACCCUGUUCCUGCAUCGUCUCCGGCGUUUCAGAUUGAUUGUCCUCGGAAGUCCCGAAGUUUUGAUCGCCUUUCGGUGCUUCCUGAGUAUAUUGAUAAUGGUGAUUGUAGCUGUGUUUGUGAAUAUUGCGGUGUGUUAUUCUGGUAUGUGGAGAGGGCUCUUAAUAUGUCGACAGCUGCUCACCCAAGGUAUACUCAUUGCUGUAGAGGUGGUACUGUUAUUCUUCCGUAUCUAUAUAGGUUUCCAUCCCAGUUUACUGGCUUGUAUGAAAGUCGCAGCUUUUUAAAGGAUGUUAGGGCUUACAAUAGUAUGUUUUUGAUGACUUCAUUUGGGGCUAAUGUAGAUGAUGACAUCAAUGAUAGUCGUGGCCCAUAUGUUUUUAAGGUCUCCGGACAGAUCAGUCAUAAAAUUAGGUCCCUCUUGCCAGACCCUGCAAAAGGACCGAGAUUUUUGCAGCUAUACUUAUUUGAUAUAGAUCACGAAGUUGAAAAUCGGUUGAGGGAUUUUGACGGUCCCGGAUCAAAUACUUUGGAUUCAACUGUUAUCAAUUAUUUGAGUCGGUUUUUAGCUGAAAGUAAUGAAUAUGCUCGGACUUUCAAGAAUGCAAAGCAGAUGGCUGAAGAAAUGGAAUUGGAGUCGUAUGCUGUCCGACUAUUCAAUCAUAUUGAGGAUCGUAGAUAUGAUCUUCCUUUACCUGGGUCGUUAGGAUGCAUAGUUAAUGGGGAUGAUACAACAUCUACCACAUAUGACAUAAUUAUUCACUCCCACCAUGGUCAUCCGCAGCGUAUCAGUAAACUACAUCCCAGCUACAUGCCUCUACAAUACCCGCCUUUGUUCCCUUUUGGUGAGGAGGGUUGGUCUCCCCGUUUGAAGCUUGCCAAUCGGAGGGGUGCGAGUGCUCAGAAUCUAACUAUGAAUAUGUAUUAUGCAUAUCAUAUCCACGCACGCCAACAUAUAUGGUCUCCAAUUAUGAACUCAUCACGUCUCUUUCAGCAAUAUUUGGUUGAUGCGUAUACAUGCAUAGAGGAGAGUCGGUUGGAUUACAUUGUCAAACAUCAAUCAAAUCUUCGUUCUAAUUAUGUUAGUGGUCUAUACGAUGCCCUUUCUAAGGGUGACAGAGAUGUAGGGUCCAUUGGAAAACGGAUAUUCUUGCCGGCAUUAUUCACUGGCGGUCCCCGUUUCAUGUACAACCAUUAUCUAGACGCUCUAUCCAUUUGUAGAGUGUAUGGUAAUCCACAGUACUUUAUCACCUUUAUGUGCAACCUCAAAUGGCCAGAGAUCUCCAGGUACAUGGAUACACAUCAUCAAACUGAUACACACAGUAGAGCAGACAUAAUUAGUCAUGUCUUCAAUAUAAAAGUUCGUGAGUUCAUCCGGUUUCUUAAAGAGGACAAAUCCUUUGGCGAUGUUGAAGCAUAUCUGUACACUAUUGAAUUCUAA